GGGGCAAGGCCCCUCCUCCUGUGUCGCUCCGGUCCCGCUCCGGUCCCGGCCGAAGCCACCAUGUCCAUGCGGCGAGUGCUGGGGCUGCGGUGGGCCCUGGGCCGCCGGAGCUGCUGCUCCAAGUCCCCGCUGCCCCCCGACUUCGUGGAGGACCUGAGGGCUGUGGUGGGGGCCCCCAACGUCUCCACGGCCAUGGCGGUGCGGCAGCAGCAUGGGCACGACGAGUCCAUGCAUGUCUGUGCCCCUCCGGACGCUGUGGUGUGGCCGCACGCGGUGGGGCAGGUCCAGGAGCUGGCUGCACUCUGCUACCGCUACCGCGUGCCUAUGGUGCCCUUCGGUACCGGCACGGGCCUGGAGGGCGGCGUCAACGCUGUGCAGGGUGGUGUCUGCUUCGACCUGAGCCGCAUGGAUGCCAUCGCGGAGCUGAGCCUCGAGGACUUCUCGGUGUCGGUGGAGCCCGGUGUCACCCGCAAGGCUCUCAACAGCUACCUGCGUGGCACUGGGCUCUGGUUCCCUGUCGACCCCGGCGCGGAUGCCUCACUGUGCGGUAUGGCAGCCACGGGUGCCUCAGGCACCAACGCGGUGCGCUACGGCACCAUGCGCCCCAACGUGCUGAACCUGCGCGUGGUGCUGCCGGACGGGCGCCUGCUGCACACCGCGGGCGCCGGGCGCCAGCCCAGGAAGCGGGCGGCCGGCUACGACCUGACCUCGCUGUUCGUGGGCUCCGAGGGCACCCUGGGCUUCCUCACGCAGGCCACGCUGCGCCUGCACCCGCUGCCCGAGGCCAGUGCUGCCGCCGCCACCGCCUUCCCCACCGUGCAGGCGGCCGUGAACUGCACCGUGCAGGUCCUGCAGGCUGCUGUGCCUGUGGCGCGCAUCGAGUUCCUGGAUGAAGUGAUGGCAGGUGCCUGCAGCAGCUUCAGCAGUGUAGAGCUGCCAGUGGCCCCCACACUGCUCCUGGAGCUCCACAGCUCCCGGCACGGCCUGGCCGAGCAGCAGCAGCAGACAGAGGAGAUCGUGCAGCUGAACGGCGGCUCCAGCCUGACCUGGGCAGAGGACCUGGGGGAGCGUGAGCGCCUCUGGGCCAUGCGCCACUGUGCCUGGUACGCGGCCCUGGCGCUGCGGCCUGGCUGCCAGGGCUACUGCACUGAUGUCUGCGUGCCCAUCUCCCGCCUGCCCGACGUGGUGGUGGAGACCAAGCGGGACCUGCAGGACUCUGGCCUCACCGGCCCCAUGGUGGGACACGUGGGUGAUGGCAACUUCCACUGCAUCCUCAUCUUUGACACCCAGGACGCAGAUGAGGCACAGCGAGUCCAUGCGUUCACUGAGCGCCUGGGCAGGCGGGCGCUGGCAGCGGGGGGGACCUGCACCGGGGAGCACGGUGUGGGGCUGGGCAAGAGGGCACUGCUGCUGGAGGAGCUGGGACAAGAGGGUCUGGACACCCUGCGCUGCAUCAAGGCUGCGCUGGACCCCCACAACCUCAUGAACCCCGGCAAGGUGCUCUGAGGGUGGCACCAGCGCUGGGCUGACACCCCUUGUGUUCCCCCAAAUCCCCCAUCCCCACUUUUGUGGGUCAGGGACCCCCAAUAAACCCCUUUGCACACGCAGCCUCCAUGCACUGUGAUGUCUUUUGGGGGGACAAGACACUCCAGUCUGUCCCCAGGGGUGCCCUACCCCAAGCAGUGCAUAUACCCAGGGUGGGGAACUGGUGGGGUCCCACUUUAACUCCUUCCACAGCGCUGUGGGGCUCUGUGGGACUGAGAGCUCUCCAGGCUGUGUUUCAGAGGUGGAUAUGGGGAAGGGGCACCAGCAUCCUCUUCUUCACUAAGAAAGCCAGUGAAAUAAAAUAACAGUGACUAUUUUAUUGAA